AUGGGCGAUCAGAAUCAACAAUCAAGCACUCCGCCACCUUCGACGGCGAUGCCCAGUGCAAUUACGCCAACCAAUUUGUCUCAGAGCAACACUCCUGGCCAGGAAUUACUGAGACCGCCGUCACAUUCGACUCCCCUGCGUCGUUCUCCACGUCUCUCCAGUCCUAUUCCUGAGACUCCGAACGUCUCACGGCAAGAGCAGCUCAUCACAGUCGUUGGAGAAGUUUUGCAGGAAUCACGUCCGGUGACGCCAGAAAACGAACAGGUAGCUAACGAUGAGCCGUCAUCCGUCCUAGCCUCAAGAAUAAUGCGUGCUCACGAUAAUCCGUCUCCGCCACCUCAGGGCGUCGAUAGAGAUUCAUCGCCAGGAAAAUCAUUCCCCAUUUUCCCAUCCCUUGACGUAUUCGAAUCACCAAUACAACCUUUAAGAAACCUUUUUGAACCUCCAAGCCAGGUGCCACUAUCGCCAUCAUCCCCUCCUAUUCUUACCCAUCUUCCGAGUCCGAUACCGAUGACUCCCUCUCCAAAGGACAUCUCGCAACCGGAUUUGAUAUCAUUCGACUCGUUCUCUAAUACACCAGCCGGCCCAUCCGUACCAGCAUGCUCUACCUCUUUACUAGACAGCUCCCCCGCUGGUUCUUUGUUCUCUGAAGGGGAAAGAGACACGAUAGUUCCAUCUCCGCUUCGUAACGUAGAGUCGGCCAACGAUAAUCUAGAACAAGAAGCGUUGAGCAAUAGCAGCGAGGAACAGGACGUGGUGAAUGCAUUGGUUCCUACUGAUGAGAAUUCAACUGCGUCGACCAGCACAGCGGUCCAGAAGCUUGUGGAUGAUUGUCAAACUCCUAUUCGACGCCCGGGUCGACCUCGCCGAAGCUUGCUAACGACUGUCCUUUCCCCAGUCAAGGAAAAACUACCUGCGAUUCGUUCGCCUGAUCACAAUGAAGCGUUGGCGAAACCCGAAGACAAGGGGAAGGGAAAGGAAAGACUAUUUCCUAAGGAGGGCAACCUACUUGAGAAGAGUGACGAAAGUACUGUACCGAUGACGCCACGUACCAGACCGGACAGACGGCGGGAUGGGUCUCCUACGCGCCGGAGGGCAGGUAAUGUUCCUGGCAUUUCCAGGCGACAGCUGGCCUCGUUGUCACCGGGUACCACCAACCUCCUUGGACAAUUACCCUCUGUUCUUCGUCCAUCACCAGGGGACGCAAAUACGGCACCUUCUACUCCUCAGCCUUUGAGUUUACCCCCGUCUGCGACCUUACCUGCUAGUUCUGAUGGUCCCAUUCGUUUUCCAAGUCCAAAGCGGCAAGCUCAGCUUUUAUCCCCCGAAAGGCCACAAUUUCGUCUUCCCUUGGAUGAUCCGAAUAGAACAUCCGCUCGACGAAUACCUCUAGAACAAGCUGUCGCGCAAGGACAGUUGUCUUCCCAGAGAGCUGCUAUUUUUCUCAAUCCUCGCACAAAUAAUUCCGGGUCCCUCUUUAAUAUACCACCAUCAGACAGUCCUCCACGCAGAGUUCCUCUAACGGCCCCCGAGUCUCCGAUGAGGGCAAGUAAAUGGGGUGGGGUCAGGUUUGGGGGGAAGUCGCCUGAGCGAAGGAAGCAGAGAAGUGGGUCUGCUGAGCCUACUGGACAUCCGGGUUGGUCUGCGUCUACGAAACUUGGGCCACCACGAAAGUUGCCGUUCCCAAUAUCAUCCAGUCGCCCACACCUACCUUCUUCCAUUUCUGAAGAAGCCGCCGCUGCAGAUCCAUCACCUUCUCUACCUACGACUUCUACAACGGAUGGUGAAACCGUUAAUGAACCCACCUCGCCGACGCCACUCGUAAUACCCCAGUUGCAGACGUCCAAGUCAAGUUUGAGGCAACCCAGUGUCAUUACAAGCAAAAUCCCAAGAAAGAAACCGUAUGCAAGGCCAGGUGUUGCUUCAGCUAGCAGAGUCAUGGAAUCUCAGACUGUAAAGUCCUCUAGAACAAUUGGCUUGCAAAGAGCUGAUCCUUCCGCUCCUGCUUCGAAAGGUUCAACUUUAGGAUUAGGGCUCUCUAUGCCAACGACUAAUCUGAAGCGUAAACGCGGACCCGAUCCUCUGCCUUCUCCUUCUAGACCUGUUUCCACAGUUGUACGACAGGUUCUUCCUCGUAUAAAACCAUCCAGUCCAACCAGGAGAUCUUCCCAACGGACCUUGAAGCUACAAUUAGUGGCAGAGAGAGACGGUCGUCUGGCCACGAGCAAGUCAUCCCCAACGGAACCGACCCCAGCAUCUCCUCCUCCUCAGAACAUCGAAAGUGUACCGCAACUGUUGAGUACUCCUGCCGAAAACACCCCGUCCCUCGAGAACUCUGCACUUGCUGAUGCGCCGACAUCUCCCAGAGUAGAGUCCUCGUCAGAAAGUCGUACGCUCGUCGAUACCUCACCUAUGGCUCCUCCGGCUCCAGAGCCGCCCUUGCCAGGCGUUCGACGGACCACCAGAGUACGAAAAUCUAUCCAUCCUGGCACUGACAUAUUCAGUCGUCCUUCCGACGCGCCUCCGCCGCGCCCGCGCCCACGCAAACCUAAAGCUGAGGACCCUAUGUUCGCCGGUAUGACAUCGAUAGCUCUACGUCAUUUGACGUCGUCAAAUACUGUGAAAAACCAAGUAUACCUCGCUGCCACGCUGGCGACUGAGGUUAUACGGAAGGAGGGGGCACGUCCAGAGAGUCCUAUUAUGAAGGCCCGAACCGUGUCGCAGAAGGAGGCGGAUGAAAAGGGAAGGUUGAGGAGGGAGCGCGCCGAGAGACGGGCUAGGAGGUUGAAUGGGGAGAAAGAAGACGAAGAGGAGAAUCUGAGUGCGGCGGAGGAAGAAGAAGACGAUGACGAUGACGACGGUUGGGAUCAGCUUGAUAGCAGCCCGGUGCGGGUUAGGAGACAUCGACGAGGGCCAGGAGAAGAGGAAGACUAUGAAACUCCUAUUCGACGUCCACCGGAGAAGGCGCAAUUUGCUGGUGAGGCAUACGCGAGAGAGAAAAAGCACGUCAAGUGGGACCGAGGGCUUUCUACCGCAAUUUUUGUAGAUGAGAUCAAGCUACAAAAUAUCAAUCCGCCGAAAGAGAAUGACGUCAAAAAGAGCUGCUUGGCUCCUACGGCGAAGGCGAUACCCUUGGACACGUUGGGUAAUUUACCGAACGCUUCUUCACCAUUGAGAGACCUCAUUCCAGAGAAUAUUGUUGUUCAGAAGUUCGUUUAUGACAGUGAUCUCCCGCAGGAGACAGAGCCGGCCGUUGUUAGAAAUACCCGCUCAAGAUCCAAGAGGAGUAAGUCAUGACUAGAAAGUAGCUUGUUAUUUGUACAUGGAAUGUCUUGCUUAACCAGGAUCUGUCAGUGCUUAUAUAUCUUAUUGCUGUG